UGUAGCUCUGCUAAAGGCAGCCUUUUACCUCAGGAGACUGCUUGGAUUUUGCAGACGAAAAAAUCUGAGGUCUUUAGUCAGCAUGAAGAAUUUUGUUCUAUUUGGUUUUUCUUUAGUUUUAGUUUGCAUUACACUGACAAAUGCUAUAUUACCUUACAAACAAGUAUUACAGCACAGCAGGAUCAGAGGCAGACAGCAUGGCCCCAAUGUAUGUGCUAUGCAACAAGUAACAGGAUCCAACAAGAAGUACUUCACCAACUGCAAACAGUGGUACCAUCGGAAAAUUUGUGGCAAACCAACGGUUAUAAGAUAUGAAUGCUGCCCGGGGUACUCAAAGGCACAUGGUGAAAAAGGAUGCCCUGUUGCUUUACCAAUUGAUAAUAUCUACAACACCCUGGGAAAUGUUGGAUCUAGUGCCACUCAAAUGUAUUCUGAACGUGCCAAACUCAGAGCAGAAAUCGAAGGACCUGGAACUUUCACAAUGUUUGCCCCCAGUAAUGAAGCCUGGGCUGCUCUGCCUCAAGAAAUUAUUGAUGCUCUUGUAAGCAAUGUCAACAUUGAGUUGCUCAACGCCCUACAUUACCAUAUGAUUGACAGGCGCAUUCUCACAGAUGAACUGAGGCAUGGUGUGACAUUGCCUUCAAUGUACCAAGAUUUAAAUAUAUUCAUACACCACUAUCCCAAUGGCAUUGUUACAGUCAACUGCGCUCGAAUAAUGAAGGCAGACCAUCUUGCAACUAAUGGUGUUGUGCAUGUCAUUGACAAAGUCAUCACAGCUUUUACAAAUACCAUUCAGGAUACUCUUGAAGUUGAUGAUAACUUUCAACAGCUUAGAGCUGCGGUGGCUGCUGCGGGUCUUGAGGAAAUGCUUAGCCAAGAAGGAGAGUACACACUCUUGGCUCCUACUGAUGCUGCAUUCAGCAAGAUACCACCUGCCACUCUGAACAGAAUCUUAGGAGAUCCAGAGGCUUUGAAAUCUCUGCUGAAUUAUCAUAUUUUGAGAAAAAUACAAUGUGCAGAAGCCAUCAUCUCAGGCGCGCCCAUGGAAACCUUGGAGGGCUCGUCAUUGGAGGUAGGCUGUGAUGGUAACAGCCUUACAAUCAAUGGCAAGAACAUCAUUACCAACAAGGACUUACUAACAACAAAUGGGGUCAUUCAUACGAUUGAUGAACUAUUGAUCCCCGAUUCUGCUAAGACCCUUCUAGAGUUGACUGAAAAGCCUGGUGUUACCAAGAUUGGUGACCUCUUCAAACAAGCUGGUCUGACCUCCCAUUUAGAAGGAAAAGAAUCUUUAACGCUACUUGCUCCUCAGGAUGUGGCACUCACAGAGUUGUCACCAGUUAUAAAUGAAGAUCUGAGGAACCUACUGCUAAGCCACAUUGUGAAAGAUCAGCUCUCCUCCAAAUAUCUGUACCAUGGGCAGACUCUUGAAACCUUGAGUGGAAAAAAACUGAGGGUCUUUGUGUACCGUAAUGCUUUAUGUGUUGAAAACUCAUGUAUUGCUGCACAUGACAGAAGAGGGAGAUAUGGUUCAAUGAUGAUAAUGGACAAGAUACUGACUCCUCCUGUUGGAACAAUUAUGGACAUUCUAAAAGCUGAUGAUCGCUUCAGUAUGUUGGUGGGGGCCAUCCAGACGGCAGGGCUGACUGAAACUCUCAACAGACCUGGCGUAUUCACAGUCUUUGCACCAACCAAUGAAGCUAUCCUCGCUCUACCUAACAGGGAACAGAACAGAAUGAUUGGUGAUCCCAGUUUGCUGAAGUACCACAUCGCUGAACAAAUCUUGGUUAGUGGUGGUGCUGCCAGCCAGAUUGUGCUAUUGAAAUCCCUGCAAGGUGCUAAACUGGAAGUGGGAACAAAAAGACAAGUUAUCCAUGUAAAUAAAGUCCCAGUUAUAGAUUCCGACCUGAUGGCAACUAAUGGUGUGAUCCAUGCUAUUAACAAGGUCUUGCAGCCCUCUGCUGUGAGACAAUCAGAAAGCCGAAGUGGCAUGGAGAUCAGCAGUGAAGAUAUCCUUCGCUUUGGAGUCAGUCCGGCUAAGGUUCCAAGCCCUAGGAUACGGAAAGUUACCAGACGUGCUUUUCUGAAGAAGAGCAAGUAAUAGGAAGGUGAAAAGCAGCCAGUAGAUCAUUACAAGAACCUAUCAGGAACUCUGAAUUCUGUGACAGAUUUUUCUCACUUGAAUGUUUAUAUUCUAUAGCAUGUCAUUUCAUCACUCUGAUGUCAUAUUGCUUGCUCAUUUGUACAUUUUCUGGAUUAGGAUUGAAAUUGGAGUGUUACUUUUUUAUGUCACUCGAGACUGCAUUUUGCAUUCUUAUUAAUGGGAAGGGGGGGUGGGGGGGAAUGGAUUCUAGCUUGAAGCUACAGCUAGUCUACCAGUGAAGUUUGCAGAUCUGAAACACAGAACAUGCAUGUAUAUGUAUGUGUGCAUGUUAGUGUUUGUAUGCAUAAGUAUAUGUGUGCCUGUUCACAUGAGUGUGUAAGUGCUGUGCACGUGUGUGCAUAUUCGUGCACAUCUGAAUUGUGUGUGUAUUGCAUGUGUACUUGUGUGACAUUGUAUAUUUGUAUUUGAGUCAAUGCAUGCCCAUGCAUGUACCAUUCAGAAGCAUGUUUCUGUGGAUGCGUCUUGGUUUCUGGAUUGCUUAUUAUGAAUAUAACCUGACAUUUACCUGAAAAGAAAUAUUAUUUGCAGUACCACAUGUAUUUGUUUCUAUAUCGUUUUUAGUUUUGUUUUCUUAUAUUAGACACAUGCUAGUUUGUGUUUAUAGACCCGAAUGUUUCAUAUUGGUGUUAAGAUAUUUGCAUGUCACAAGCUGCAGUCUGGUUUUGUGCUAUUUCACUUAGACUUUGGUAAGGGUCAAAUAUAUAUAUAUAUAUAUAUAUAAUAUUUCCAAAUAUGUUGGAAAUCUUUUUUUAAUAGUCUAUUUAUCUUAGAAAUUUCUUCUGUAAUAUUUUCAUAAAAAUUAAUUUCUCUGAAGCAAUUUGCAGCUACAAUAAAAUGUUCAUUUUUUA